AUGGCCAGGCCAGGGGCCAGCAGUGUGCAUACCGCCAGGCCACAAUACCGUCAGGGGCCUAGCAUACUGGCCAGGCCAGGCAUACCGCCAGGCCAGGAUAGCUGGCCAGGCCAGGCAUUACCGUCAGGCCAGGCCACCGUCAGAGCCAGACUAGGCGGUCACCAGGCCAGGCCGUAUACCGCCAGGGCCAGGGCACCAGGUCAGGCCACAUACGUGCCAGGCCAGGCAUCACCGUCAGGCCAGAGCACACAGGCCAGAGCAUACCGUCAGGGGCCAGGCCAGCCACUGGGCCAGGGCACGCCAGAACCGUCAGGCCAGAGCACAACAGUGGGCCAGAGCAGGCCAGGCCGCAUCAGUCAGGCCAGGCCAGACACUGGGCCAGGCCAGAUACCGUCAGGCCACAGCACGUCAGGCCAGCACAACCAGGCCAGGCACAAUAGGGCCAGGCCAGGGCACCGUCAGGGGCCAGAGCAGGGCCAGGCCACACCGCCAGGCCAGAGCACUGUCAGGCCAGGCACAAAUAGGCCAGGCUGUAUACCGUCAGGCCAGAGCACGUCAGGCCAGUAUACCGUCAGGCCAGGCCAGAUCACCGUCAGGCCAGGCCAGGCCAGGCUGCAUACCGUCAGGCCAGAGCAUCAGCCAGGCCAGGGGUACAGCAUCACCAUACCUGGGUCAGGCCAGGCACCGUCAGGCCAGCAGGGGCCAGGCCAGUAUUACUGGGCCAGGGGCCAGGGGCCAGUCACCGCCAGGCCAGGAGCACACUCAGUCAGGCCAGCUGUUACACCGUCAGGCCAGGCCAGACAUCACCGUCAGGCCAGGCCAGUCACCGUCAGGCCAGGCCAGGUCAGGCCAGGCCAGGAUAAUGGGCCAGGCUGUAUACCGCCAGGCCAGAUACCGUCAGGCCAGGCCACCGCCAGGCCAGGCCACCGUCAGGCCAGGGCACCGGGCCAGGCCAGCACACCGUCAGGCCAGUAUACCGGGAUCAGGCCAGGCCAGACCGGGCCAGGCCAGGCCAGGCCAGGCCAGGCCAGUCAGGCCGGUGCAGGGGCCAGGUUACAUACCGUCAGGCCAGGCACUGGGCCAGGGGGUAUACCGCCAGGCCAGGCACAGGCAAAUAGGCCAGGCCAGUUAGGCCAGGCCAGGCUGGGCCAGGCCAGGCCAGAGCCACGGCCAGGCCAGGCACACUGUCAGGCCAGGCCAGAAAUAGGCCAGGGGCCAUUACCGUCAGGCCAGGAGCAUACCGCCAGGCCAGGCCAUACCGCCAGGCCAGAUACCGUCAGGGCCAUUACCAGGCCAGGCCACCAGGCCAGGCCAGAGCCACCGUCAGGCCAGGCCAGACCGGGCCAGGCCAGAGCCACGUCAGGCCAGGCCAUCACCUCAGGCCAGGCCACCGGCCAGGGCCAGGUUACCGUCAGGCCAGAGCACGUCAGGCCGGGUAUACCGUCAGGGCCAGAUCAUCACCGGGCCAGGCCAGGCCAGGCCAAAUAG